AUGACCGGAGAAGGAGCAUCUACCGCGACCGUCACGACUACAUCAACGGUGCUCGCGAGCGGUUCAUCGCAGCUCGAGUCCAGUCAGACGGGCACUGCAACGUUCCAUUCAUCCAGUCUCCCAGCUCGCACAACAACGCCUUCAACGGUGAUUGACACCCCAAAUUCCACAGCUCAUUCCACAUCAUCAUCCCCAGAUUACUUGACUUCGUCCACUUCUUCACAAAAUACUCCUGCCUCGUCCACUGCUUCACAAAAUCAUCCUGCCUCGUCCUCACAGGUUGCGUCCCACUCGCGCGGGCUGGACGCUGGUGCAAUUGUAGGCAUCAUUCUGGGCAUUUUUGCCGGAGUCCUGUUCAUAGCCUGGGCGACGAUAUCUCUACGAAGGCGCGCGCGGGAGCGGCCGACGCGCUCUACGAUGGACCGCUCUCCGUGGUUUCCCAAAUCGUGGUCUUGUGGAGGUGCUCGUGCUUCAAGUCGGUCUCGUCGGCUCAGUUCUACUUGGUCAUGGUUCGGUUCUGUCCCCAUCGACCCGGAGUAUGACCGUGAGCUGAAAACGCCAUCUGUCGACCUGGAGCUCAACAAGAGGGCACCGGGAGAUAGAGAAGCAGAGGUCAAUAUGAGCUCGCUCGAUCUCGGCGAUCCGAGACCCAUUAAGACUCAGCUCGCUGCUUGGGAUCCACUACCUCCCGUAGACUCGCGCCUAGCCCUCCCCCAUCCGAGCGUACAGAAUGAAACUCCUCGUCCCUCGGCACCGCCAGAGCUUCUCGCCUUGGCGGACGCCGUUGCAUCGUCACCUGGAGAUGCAGUCGACAGGAGUGUCUUGGGGGCGGGUGGAGGUGCCGCGCCCUCUGAGAAGGGGGAUGUGGACGCAGUUUGA